AUGUCCCUCCGCAAGCGGCAGCGCUCGGCGAGCAGCUCCCGCCUCGCCACCCUCUCCUCGCCGCCUUCGCCUCCCCGCCCCGCUUCCUCCUCCGCCUCGCCCCCUCCGCUCUCGUUCCCCAACGCCGACCUCCUCCUCCGCCUCCACCUCGACUCCUCCUGCGACGAAGGAGGCGGCGGCGGCGGCGACUACCACCCGCAGAACACCACCUUCCUAGACAUCCACGUAUCCUCGGCGUCCCUCCUCCGCUCCCGCUACUUCGCCGCCCUCCUCUCCGAUCGUUGGUGCCCUACCCCAUCAUCCUCCCCCGCCGGCCGCCUCUCCCUCGCCGUGCCCAUUACGUCCUCCUGCUCCCGGCCUUUCCACGCUCACGUCGAGGUCAUCCGGCUCCUCCACACGCUGGACUUCGCCGGCACCAUCCGCUCCCCUUCCGAUGCCCUUGACAUCCUCCCCGUCGCGCUGCAGCUCCUCUUCGACGCGUGCGUCGAGGCGUGCAUCCGCUUCCUCGAGGCCGUGCCUUGGUCCGAGGAGGAGGAGGCCCGCGUCCUCGACCUCGCGCCGCUCCUCCCCGACGAUGAGGCCGCCGACCUCCUCGCUAGGGUAUCCCUGCCCCCCGCCGCUGCUGCGGGCGAGGCCACCAGGUCGCCCUCGGAGGCGAUGUUGCACGGCUUGAUCCAUUCUGCCAUUCACGGCCACCCUGUCCCUGCUGCCACCAAGGCGUUCGUCGCGAUGCUCCUCAAGGACUACCCCUCCCGUGACUGCGUGCAUAAGGUGCUCGAUGAGGCAUUCCUGUCGCGGCUUGAGACUGUCAAGGAGCUCAUGGGGAAGUACGCCAGCCCCGACUUCAGGGUCGCUGUGGACAGCGACGAGCGCGAGGCAAUACAGAAGUUAAACCUACACUCCGCGGUCUUGAAUGUGAAGCAUCUGCUUUGGCUCAUUGAGAGGAUGGUGGAUAUGAGGGUGGCCGAUAAUGCGGUCAAGUUGUGGAGCGAGCAGGCUCCGCUGGCUGCUGAUUUGCAGAAGUUGCUCAAUGAUGCUGACAUGUGGAGGAACAUGGCGCCUGGUCUCCCGAUGCUUGUGACCAGAUGCACGCUCAGGCUCGCCAAUUCAGUUGUGACUGGGGAGACACUGGUUCCUCGACAGGUGAGGAUGAAGGUUGUCAAAAGUUGGCUUCCUGUCCUAAAUGUAUGCAGGGACAUUGCUCAACCUAUGCAUAGUGGAUACAAGUCAUCAAACUGCCAAGAGCUUGAGGAUACAUUUCUUCAGAUCAUCUCCACUUUGCCUGUCCCAGAUGCUCAGGAGCUGCUGCAACAAUGCCUCGGGUUCUCCACUCGCAACGUUGAUGACUGCCCACAUUUGGUCUCUGCCUUCAAGACAUGGUUCAGGCGUGCCGGCAGAGCUCCGCAAGGUGGGGAAAACUGAGAGAUGCGACUGCUGUUAAUGCUUAUACAAACAGUAUGUGCUUUGUGUAUUCUCACCUGUUAUUAACUGUAGGCCUCUCUGAAUCCUCUGGAUCUAGCGUAGAACUGCCUUCUGUAUAUCCUUUUCUAUGCACUAAGCUAUACAUACUGACUGCUUGAGGUAGUAAAUAGCAUGUACAUAUUAUUCCCGCUC